CCGAGGGAGCGUCUGAUUGCCCUUCUUCUCCUAAUGAUUUUUCUAUGGAGAAAUGCUAAUCCAGCAGAACGAUAACUCCGAUCUUGAAGUUGAGGAGAACAUAGAAGGCGAAAAGCAAUGGAUGUUGAUUCGUCUAUGAUGCCAGAGAACGAUCAGGGUCCUGGGCAGAACCACGAACCUCCGGUGGGAGGAACGAUCUCGGCUAUGGACAGGAACGGAGAGCAGCUCGGUGGGGCAGAGCAAUCGGCCGUUUUGGUGCCCCCACAAUCGCAGCCACAACCGACUCAGGUACAGCAACAACAGCAGCCGUCUCAGCCACAGGCGCAACAACCUCAGGUGCAGCAAGCUUCGGUUGCCGGACCAAGGCCUGCUCCAAAUUAUUCGGUCGUAAAUGCGAUAAUCGAGAAGAAAGAGGAUGGCCCGGGGUCUAGGUGUGGUCAUACGUUGACCGCGGUUGCUGCGGUUGGAGAGGAAGGAACGCCUGGGUACAUCGGGCCUCGCCUGAUUCUGUUUGGCGGUGCCACUGCUCUUGAAGGCAACCCUGCGGCGUCUGGACCUCCGCCGUCUGCGGGGAGUGCUGGCAUCCGUCUGGCUGGUGCAACUGCUGAUGUGCACUGUUAUGAUGUUUUGUCAAAUAAAUGGAGCCGGCUUACUCCUCUUGGAGAUCAACCCUCACCGAGGGCAGCCCAUGUGGCGACUGCUGUGGGUACUAUGGUGGUUAUUCAGGGGGGAAUUGGUCCAGCUGGUCUGUCUGCAGAGGAUCUCCAUGUUCUGGACCUCACACCGCAACGACCCCGAUGGCACAGGGUGGUUGUCCAAGGCCCUGGCCCAGGCCCGCGUUAUGGACAUGUAAUGGCACUUGUCGGUCAAAGAUUCCUCCUGGCAAUUGGUGGAAAUGAUGGAAAGCGGCCUUUAGCUGAUGUUUGGGCUCUGGACACAGCUGCCAAGCCUUAUGAAUGGCGGAAAUUGGAGCCAGAAGGUGAAGGUCCACCUCCAUGCAUGUAUGCCACAGCAAGUGCGCGCUCCGAUGGUCUUCUUCUGCUUUGUGGCGGGAGAGAUGCAAACAGUGUGCCACUUGCUAGUGCAUAUGGUCUAGCCAAACAUCGGGAUGGUCGUUGGGAAUGGGCAAUUGCUCCUGGUGUCUCGCCAUCUCCUAGAUAUCAACAUGCAGCGGUUUUUGUUAAUGCACGGCUUCAUGUAUCUGGAGGGGCCCUUGGCGGUGGCCGUAUGGUGGAGGAUUCCUCAAGUGUGGCAGUUUUGGAUACUGCAGCGGGAGUUUGGUGUGAUACAAAGGGUGUUGUUACAAUUCCCAGGACAGGCAGAUAUAGCGCUGAUGCAGCUGGUGGAGAUGCUGAAGUUGAAUUGACGAGGCGUUGUAGGCAUGCAGCAGCUGCUGUUGGUGACUUGAUCUUUAUUUAUGGUGGUCUACGUGGUGGAGUUUUACUAGAUGAUCUGCUUGUUGCUGAAGAUCUUGCUGCUGCUGAAACAACUAGUGCAGCUUCACAUGCUGCUGCAGCAGCUGCUGCUGCAAACAUACAAGCAGGGAGGCUACCUGGGAGGUAUGGAUUUGUUGAUGAAAGAACAAGGUCAACAAUGCCUGAAGCAGUUCCUGAUGGUGCAGUUGUGUUGGGUAAUCCUGUUGCUCCUCCUCUAAAUGGGGAUAUGUAUACAGAUAUAAGCACUGAAAAUGCAAUGCUUCAGGGACCUAGGAGACUGACCAAAGGUGUGGAAUACUUGGUUGAAGCCUCAGCAGCAGAAGCUGAAGCCAUUAGUGCUACCCUAGCUGCUGCCAAAGCCCGACAAGUUAAUGGAGACGUUGAGCAAAUGCCAGACAGGGACCGAGGAGCAGAGGCUACUCCUAGUGGGAAAGAGAUCUCUACCCUCAUUAAAAUGCCUGAUUCUAAUUUGUCAAAUAAUGUGCCUCCGGCUGGAGUUCGGCUGCAUCACAGGGCUGUGGUUGUUGCUGCAGAGACAGGAGGUGCUUUGGGUGGUAUGGUCAGGCAGCUUUCAAUAGAUCAAUUUGAAAAUGAAGGCAGACGAGUUAGCUAUGGCACUCCAGAGAAUGCUACUGCAGCUAGGAAACUAUUAGAUAGGCAAAUGUCUAUCAAUAGUGUGCCUAAGAAGGUGAUUGCACAUCUUCUCAAGCCUCGCGGUUGGAAGCCUCCUGUCCGUAGGCAGUUCUUCUUAGAUUGCAAUGAAAUUGCUGAUCUUUGUGAUAGUGCAGAAAGGAUAUUUUCACAUGAACCCAGUGUGCUACAAAUUAAGGCUCCUGUGAAGAUAUUUGGUGAUUUGCAUGGGCAGUUUGGAGAUCUUAUGCGUCUAUUUGAUGAGUAUGGGUCUCCUUCGACUGCAGGAGACAUAGCUUAUAUCGACUAUCUCUUCCUAGGAGAUUAUGUUGACCGGGGACAACACAGCUUGGAAACAAUUAGUCUUCUGCUUGCCCUGAAGGUUGAGUAUCCGCAUAACGUACAUUUAAUUCGUGGGAACCAUGAGGCUGCAGAUAUCAAUGCUCUGUUUGGCUUCCGGAUUGAGUGCAUUGAGCGUAUGGGUGAGCGGGAUGGAAUUUGGGCGUGGCAUCGCAUAAACCGGUUAUUCAAUUGGCUUCCUCUAGCUGCCCUGAUUGAAAAGAAAAUCAUCUGCAUGCAUGGUGGUAUUGGUCGGUCCAUAAAUCAUGUAGAGCAGAUAGAGAACAUUCAACGCCCGAUUACAAUGGAAGCAGGCUCAGUUGUCCUAAUGGAUUUGUUGUGGUCUGAUCCAACAGAAAACGAUAGUGUUGAAGGAUUACGGCCAAAUGCUAGAGGUCCAGGUUUGGUCACUUUUGGGCCUGAUCGUGUGAUGGAAUUCUGCAACAACAAUGAUCUCCAGUUGAUUGUACGUGCUCACGAGUGUGUGAUGGAUGGCUUUGAGCGUUUUGCACAGGGACAUUUGAUUACUCUUUUCUCUGCCACCAAUUACUGCGGUACUGCAAACAAUGCUGGGGCAAUUUUAGUUUUAGGAAGAGAUCUUGUGGUAGUUCCAAAACUUAUUCACCCAUUACCACCGGCAAUUUCAUCACCGGAAACAUCACCCGAACGGCAUAUUGAAGAUACAUGGAUGCAGGAGCUUAAUGCUAACAGACCUCCGACACCAACUAGAGGCCGCCCUCAAGUUGCAAAUGAUCGGGGUUCUCUUGCCUGGAUUUAGAAUCUUCUUCAAAUUUUUGAUAUUCUUUCAAUGGUCUCGGCAAUCUGAAGCUAGUGUCACAAGCUGGGGUUGUGAUGGUUGUCUUACACGAAGCUUAAUGACUUGAACUUGAAUUUUAAACAUGCAGUCAUGCCAAUUCAAUUAAGGUCUUCACCGUAAACCUCAGUAUCCUCUGCAUAGGAGGAAUUGGCAAAGUGGAAGUCUAAUUAGGGCCGAGUUAAAGCCAAGGUUGCAGAUAGUGGUUGAUCACUGCCAUAAAGGAAGGUACCA